AUGGCGGGGUUGGCUCUUCUUCAGGGCUUCUACAAGCAAGCCCCGGAGAGCCAGGCGCCCCCCGAGGGCUUUGUGAACACAGUCUUCCUCUUCUCUCCCUGCCCCCACUCGCGGAGGGAGCUGCGGCAGUUCGUGUCUGGGAGCGACGGCCCUUCCUCCCCUCGCGAGCCGCCCACGGCUCAGGAGCUGGCGGAGAAACUCCUGCCCAGGAGCGUCCAGGAGCUGAUCGCGGACCAGAAAAUCACGCUGUUCUGGGUGGACACUGCCGAGUGGUCUCAGCUGAUCGAAUCCCCCGAUCAUGUUGGAUACCGGACAAUGUUUGAACUGAUCCAUCAGACGGGAGGCACCAUUUUGCCAGCUGAAACCUUAGUGCAAUGUUUGAGUCACCACAGGGCAGAUCUUGCUCAUGGCUUUCUUGGAGGCUUAAGUUCCCCAGUGCCACAGACUGUGCCUUGGACCACGCUUCUGCCGUUGGACGCGACUUUGAACUGCUUGUUCUCGAAGCCCUCUGUAUUUCAAGCAGUAUUCCCCCAGCAAGAAGGGACUUUGUUUCUCAGCAUGCCUGGAGGAAAGAAGCAGGAAAGCUGUGCUGUGAUCCUGGAACCCCUAGCCAUGAGCCAAAGACAACUGCGUUGUCCAGUCAACAUCUUCCUGAAAGGUAGCUUGUCGGGUUGGAGCUUGAUGCAGGCUGGCCACUUUCUCACAGAGAGCUGGAUAUUGCAGAGCUCACAGGCUGAGCAGGCAGAACAUAACAGGUCACUGUUUCAUCAGCUGUUAAGGAGUCUAGUGACUGAAGAACUGCACAUGGUUGCUGAGGUAUCUCUGUCUAAAACUUGGUGCCCCUGCACCGCUGUUUUAUCACCGCUUUCUGAGAGUACUGCAGUUCUGACUAUACUUGGUACUGAGAAGACCGCUGAACUUCAGCGAUGCAACCUUGAAGGAGCUGUAGUGGAGAACUCUUCCCAAGACCAUGCUCUUCACCUCCCAGAUGUUGUGAAUAGUGUGUUGAGUAAAAUUAACACAACGGUGGAAGAUUCUCUGGCCAAAGAAACUCCUAUGCCAGAGUGGGUCCAACGGGAACUGUCCCAUACAGGGGGCUGGCAUCCUUCGGUGCUUGAAGCAUGGUAUCCUGCAUCGAAUGCUUGUGGAGCAAGCUCAGACCUGAUGGAGUCAUUCAGGCUCCUGCAGGUUCCUUGUGCUAACGGGAAGGAUGAUGCAGACCAAUCUGAAGUGGAACUCUCAGAAAGUCUGUCUGAGCUGUACCAGAGAAAAUUCAGUGAAAUAUCUGCUGCAGCUGGACCAGGAAAUAACAAAAAAAGACGUGGAGUUCCCCGAACUCCAGUCAGGCAGAAGAUGAAGACCAUGUCCAGAUCCCUGCAGAUGCUCAACGUAGCAAGACUGAAUGUAAAAGCUCAGAAGUUUCAACCCGAUGGUGCGCCACUAACAGUGAAUGAGAAGGUUCCACAGAAGCUUUUGUCAAAAAGGUUGGAUGAAAAGGUGGAAGAAAAGGAAAAGGCACUUAAAAUAUCAAUAGACUUCAAAACUGAGGAGGAACUGCAGUCCCAUUUAAUCACAAGCUACCAGAAGGCUGUUGCUGAGGGAGUUCUUUCAUCUGUGUGUGCCCAGAAUAUGAUCGUGGCCAUUAAAAGGUUUUUGAAAGUACAAGAUGCCAAAGAGAAAGAGGUGGCCUGUGUGGAAAGAGUCAGAAACCAUCUCCUGAAGACCAGCAAAAUGCUCAGACAACAGCAUGGCUCACAGAAGGAGACCAAAGUCAGAGAGUGUCGACUUCAGGUAUUUUUGCGCCUUGAGUUAUGUCUUCAGUGCCCUUCACUGCAAAGCAACACUGACGAAAUGGAGCAGUUGUUAGAAGAGAUGACAGAUAUGCUGCGCAUUUUAUGUCUGACUGAAGACCCAGGGUAUCUUACAAAAUUUCUAGAGGAAAUAUUAGAAUUGUAUAUGAAUUCUAUACCGAAGACCCUUGGAGAUAUUUACUACGGUCUUGGUACACAAAUACCCCCGAAGCUGACAUCUGUUCUGCCUUCAGACUUCUUCAGUGAUGACUCCGUGACUCUGGACAGCAAAUCUCCAGGCCUUCCACCGUCUUUAUCAUCUGCCUUAACUCCCAGCGCUGUUUGCCUACGCAGCGAGAGUGAUCAGCUGGAGGAGCUGCGCACCAGAUCUGCCAAAAAGAGAAGGAAUAAUGUGUUAGCCAGACACAGGAGCAUGACGGAAGCACCACAGAACUUGCGUCAAAUUGAGAUUCCCAAGAUAGCCAAGAAUCCCAUCAGAAAGGAGAACUCGCGUUCUUACCUUGCCUCUGAGAAGUCCCAACAAGUGCCUUUGUUGCAGAAAGAAGCAGUGCAAGAGGUUACAAAGGUAAGGAGGAACCUCUUCAAUGAAGAGAUACUUUCACCAUCAAAAAGGUCUAUGAAGAAGAUGCCUAGAAGCCAGUCAGUAUCUGCUGUGGAAGGCCUAAGAUACAAAUGCACUGAUGAAGGCACUAAAGAUCGUCGCAAGUUACUGACCAAGAGAGUUGCAGAAACACCACUACAUAAACAGGUCUCCAGGAGGCUACUACAUAAACAGAUCAAAGGCCGGUCUUCUGAUCCAGGUUGUGACACUGGUGUUGUAGAAGAGUCUCCAGAGAAGGCCAUGAAUGAAGCAGGUUUGAGAAGAAGCCCACGCAUCAAACAGCUGUCUUUGAAUAGGACCUGCUCUGGUGUUUUCUAUUCCACUACACAGCCCAGCUCACAAAAUUCACAGCGAGUCCAUCAGGGACAAGAAGAGGAGAGCUGUACGCUGCAGGAUGUAGAAGGCAUUAAGCGGCAUUCGGAGACCCCCACUGUCCAGACUCCCAAGAGGUUUUUCUUUGGUGCAGUCAUUGACAUGUGUAGCUCUGCAGUGAAGCAUUCACCUGGAAGGAGGAGAACAAGAAAAGAUUCCUUACACUUAGAGGAGCUGACUGCCUGUCAGACUCCUAGAAAAACACCUCAUAAACUUGCCCAGAAGCCACUGAAUUCUGCCAGUAAGCUACCAAGGAGAUCACCUCGCAUUCUCCACAGGACACCACAGAAGCUGGAGAAGACUCCUGGCAAAAGUCCAGCUGCUAAGCAGACUGCAGCUAAGUGUUUGGGAAAAAGCAGGAGUUCCCCGGACACCUUCUCCAAAGCAGAAGGGGAGGACUACCCCUGA